AUGGCCUUUAUUGUGCUGAGGACUGUGCUCUUACAGGGGUCAUUCUCAUUUGAAGAUUUAUCUGUGGACUUCACCCAGAAGGAAUGGCAGCUACUGGACCCCCAUCAGAAGGACUUAUACAAGGAUGUCAUGUUGGAGAAUUAUAGCAGUCUUGUGUCCCUAGGUUAUGAAGUUAUGAAACCUGGUGUCAUCCUUAAGUUGGAGCAAGGAGAAGAGCCAUGGACAGGAGAUGGAGAAAUUCCAAGUUCAGACUCGUUAGAUCAAGUCUUUCAAGUAAACGGUCACAUGACUUGGCACAAGGAUAACAAGAAGUUUAAAAAUAUGAAACAAGAUCAUGAAUGUGAUGCACUUGGAAAAAAGUUUAAUCUGAGCACGAACUUUAUUCCUUUAAGGAAAUCAAACAAAGAAGGUGACAUAGAUGGAUUAAUUUUAAAACAUCAUUUAGAUUUUCUUAUUCCAAAAGCAAACUAUGGAAGAAUGGAACCAGCUGACUUAAACAUAUUUGAUAAAUUAUUUCUCCAUACCAAGACUGAGGAAACUGAUACUUGGUUAAAAUACUAUGCAUGUGAUAAAAUUAGCUAUAAGAAGUCACAGAUCAUCAUAUAUCACAGAAGUCGUUCAGGGGAGAAGCUCUAUGAAUGCAGUGAAUGUAGGAAACGCUUCAGUAAGAAAUCAAGUCUCAUUAAACAUCAGAGCAGACAUAUAAGAGAAAUAGCCUAUGGCUGUGGUAAAUGUGGCAAAACUUUUCCCCAGAAGUCACAGUUUAUUACACAUCAUAGAACUCAUACAGGAGAGAAACCUUACAAUUGUAGCCAGUGUGGGAAAGCCUUCUCCCAAAAGUCACAGCUGACAUCCCAUCAGAGGACACAUACAGGAGAGAAACCAUAUGAAUGUGGUGAGUGUGGGAAAGCCUUCUCCCGGAAGUCACAUCUCAUAUCACAUUGGAGGACACACACAGGAGAGAAACCCUAUGGAUGCACUGAAUGUGGGAGGGCUUUUAGUGAAAAGUCAAAUCUCAUCAAUCAUCAAAGGAUUCAUACAGGAGAGAAACCUUUUGAAUGUAGAGAAUGUGGGAAAGCCUUCAGCAGGAAGUCACAGCUUGUCACACAUCACAGGACCCACACAGGAACAAAACCCUAUGGAUGUAGUGAUUGUAGAAAAGCCUUCUUUGAGAAAUCAGAGCUAAUUAGACAUCAAACAAUUCAUACUGGAGAGAAACCCUAUGAGUGCAGUGAAUGUGGGAAAGCCUUCAGAGAGAGGUCUAGUCUUAUUAACCAUCAGAGAACCCAUACAGGAGAGAAGCCUCAUGGAUGCAUCCAGUGUGGGAAAGCCUUUUCCCAGAAAUCUCACCUCUUAUCACAUCAGAUGACACACACAGGAGAGAAACCGUUUGUAUGCACUAAGUGUGGGAAGGCUUUCAGUAGGAAAUCCCAGCUUGUCAGACAUCAGAGAACUCAUACAGGUGAAAAACCCUACGAGUGCAGUGAAUGUGGGAAGGCUUUCAGUGAAAAAUUAAGCCUCACUAAUCACCAGAGAAUUCAUACAGGAGAAAAACCGUAUGUGUGCAGUGAGUGUGGAAAAGCCUUUUGUCAGAAGUCACAUCUUAUAUCACAUCAGAGGACACACACAGGAGAGAAACCCUAUGAAUGCAGUGAAUGUGGGAAAGCCUUUGGUGAAAAGUCAAGCCUUGCAACACAUCAGAGAACCCAUACAGGAGAAAAACCUUAUGCAUGCAGGGACUGUGAAAAAGCCUUCUCCCAGAAGUCACAGCUCAAUACUCACCAGAGAAUUCACACAGGAGAGAAACCAUAUGGAUGCAGUCUUUGUCAAAAAGCUUUCUUUGAAAAAUCAGAACUAAUUAGACAUCAGAGAACUCAUACAGGAGAAAAGCCUUAUGAAUGCAGUGAAUGUAGGAAAGCCUUCAGGGAGAGGUCAAGUCUCAUAAAUCAUCAGAGGACACAUACAGGAGAGAAACCCUUUGAAUGCAGCGACUGUGGCAAAGCCUUCUCUCGGAAGUCACACCUCAUACCACAUCAGAGGACACACACAGGAGAGAGACCCUACAGUUGCAGUGAAUGUAGAAAGGCCUUCUCUCAGAAGUCACAGCUUGUUAAUCAUCAGAGAAUCCAUACAGGAGAGAAACCUUUUCAAUGCAGUGAAUGUGGGAAAGCCUUCUCCCAAAAGUCACAGCUCAUUAAUCAUCGGAGAACUCAUACAGUAAAGAAAUCCUAA